AUGGAACGAGAAACGCGUAGCGAGACGCCAACGGACAGUAACAAGCAAGAACCAAAUUCAAAAACUUCUUUUUUAAUAGAAGACAUUUUAUACAGAGGGCAACAAAAUAGGAAUUUUAAGGCCCCAAUUUCUGUGGAACCUAGGAGGUCCUAUGAGUAUGAGAGGGACCCGAAACCGUACUUUCCGAUGCCGGAGGUAAAACCUCCUGUAGUGCCGCGAGAGGGGUCGUACCUUCAGGUCGCUAUGGGAGCCCUAGGGGCUUACUUACACACACCUAACUAUAAAAGCGUGGAGACACCUUAUUUUUUAUCUCAAGGAGUGCCCUACCACGCACUGUUCACUCCAUCAGAAUUGUCCCUGUCUGCGUUGAAGCACUGUCGGCGACGGAAAGCCAGGACCGUGUUCUCAGAUCCACAACUCACUGGUUUAGAGAAACGCUUCGAGUCACAACGGUACCUGUCUACCCCAGAGCGGGUGGAGCUCGCUGGCGCUCUCAACCUCUCCGAGACCCAGGUUAAAACCUGGUUCCAGAACCGACGGAUGAAGCACAAGAAGCAGCUGAGGAAACAGCAGCAACAACGAGGUACAGCUUCGGUCGAUUUCGCGUCCAAACACACAUCACCAGAUUGUAGGAAGGUAAGCUCGCCAGAAGACAAUAGACUGUCGACAACGCACACGUCGGAUUCGGACACCGAACACAGCGACAGCGAUAUUGACAUCGUAGGGGAGACCAAUUAUCCCCACCAUUACACGGGGAGCACGUCCAGUAGAUUUGCUGGCGAAUAAAGGGGGGUUUCGUAGUGUAUACUUAGUCUGUAAUGAGGUCCAGUGGAAGUCUCUGGUCGAUGGUUACAGGGCACAUGACGAGGCCUGGUUCCGGAUUUUAAACGAAAUUCAAAUUCAAAAAUAUCUUUAUUCAGUAGUUAACAUAGUUACACUUUGAAUCGUCAAUUUUUACAUAACGAACA